AUGAUAUUCCUAUCUCGGACUCGGAACAACUUGAUCUUACAAGAUCUCCUUAUGCAAGCUCACCUCAAAGACAAACAAGAUUCUGAAAACAACAUUGGAGCUUACAUUGCUACUUUAAACUUAUUAAAAGAUUCAAUUGCCGAAUUUGGUCACUCUGACGUUGAGUUUGCUUCCUUGUUCAAGACUGAGAAACUCCUUGCUCCAGUCAACUCUGAGUUAGAAGAGAUUGAUUUGUUAAAUGAUGGUCAUAUUUCGGAACCAGAGCACGGAUACAUCUAUAAAAAGAAGAAUUUAGAAAAGAAGGAGUUCUUCAGGCCUGGACAAAAUCACUUAGUUCACACCAAUGUGCUUCAAAAAAUCAUCGCCAAAACUACUAAGUCUGAUGCUUCUGAACAAAUCAAGCAAGAACUAAUCAAGCAGCUCAGUUGGUGGAUUGAAGUUAGAAACUGA